CGCAUACGGUAUACGCCGUGCAUUAAUAAAUUUGAAAAUAAUACUUCCUAGUAUCGAACAAACUUCAAGAUUCUAAUAUCCUAUAUAGUUACUAGUUAUACAAAAAAGGGUUUGUGAAUAGUGAACUACAGUUUAAAUAUGUAAUUAUAUUAUUACAACUAUUUUGUUGACCAUUUUAUUGUACCAUUUCUUUUUUAGUUGUAUAAUAUUUUUAUCAUAUUAAGAUCAAAAUGGGUCGUUUAGCAACUAUGGCUGUUUGCUGUUUAAAUCAGUGGGCUUUGGACUUUGAAAAUAACAAACGUCGCAUAUUAGAAAGUAUUGAGAUGGCUAAACAAUGUGGUGCCACUUAUCGAAGUGGACCCGAACUUGAAAUUUGUGGCUAUAGCUGUGAAGACCAUUUUCUCGAGAGUGAUACUCUUUUGCACUCGUGGCAAGUUUUAGUUGAAUUGAUGAUGCAUCAAUCAUCUGUUGAUAUAAUGGUUGAUGUAGGUAUGCCUAUAAUGCACAAAAAUUCCACUUACAAUUGUAGAGUUGUGUUCCUGAACAAACGUAUUUUAUUAAUCCGACCUAAAUUACUUAUGUGCGAUACUGGUAAUUAUAGAGAAACUCGUUGGUUUACAUCGUGGAAAAAAAUUCGCACAGUUGAAGAUUUCUUUUUACCUCGUAUUGUACAGAAGUUCACAGGUCAAACUGUUGUACCUUUCGGAGAUGCUGUUAUUGCGACAACUGAUACGUGUAUUGGAUAUGAAAUAUGCGAAGAACUUUGGAGUCCCAACAGUACCCAUAUUCCAAUGUGUUUAGACGGUGUUGAAAUAGUUGUUAAUAGUUCUGGUUCUUAUAUGGAGCUACGUAAGUCUUCAAUAGUUUUAGACCUCAUCAAGUCGGCAACAUUUAAAAGUGGUGGCUGUUAUUUAUACAGUAAUCUAAGAGGUUGUGAUGGGCAACGAGUUUAUUUUAAUGGUUGUUCUAAUAUUGCAUUAAAUGGAGCUUUAAUAAAAGUCGGAACACAGUUCAGUUUAAAAGAAGUUGAAGUGACUUGUGCUACAAUUGAUUUAGAAGAUAUUAGAAGCUAUAGAAAUGCCAUUAGAUCUAGAUCAGGAUCAAGUUCAGAAUCUUAUCACAGAAUUAAGGUUCCUGAUUUCAGUUUAUCAAGAGAUACUCAGAAAGUACCAGAUCCUAUUUUAUUAGACUUUAAAUGUUUGUCCCCUGAAGAAGAAAUUUCUUUAGGUCCUGCAUGCUGGCUAUGGGAUUAUUUAAGGCGUUCAAAACAAGGUGGCUAUUUUUUGCCUUUAAGUGGUGGUGUUGAUUCAUCAAGUACCGCAUGCAUUGCUUAUUCAAUGUGUAAUAUGAUCGUUCAAGCAUGUCAAGGUGGUGACUCUCAAGUAUUGAAUGAAAUACGCACUAUUGUUGGUCAACAAACAUAUUUCCCAUCAAACGCUAGGGAUCUUUGUAAACAGCUUUUGACAACUUGUUAUAUGGCUACAGAAAAUUCAUCUGUUGAAACGAAAAAACGGGCAGAAGAUUUAUCCAGUCAAAUAUCUAGUUACCAUUUAAAUGUUUGUAUUGAUAAAGCUAUUUCAGCAGUAGUAUCCAUUUUUGUUAGCUUAACAGGUAAAACUCCACAAUUUGCGAUUUAUGGUGGAUCUCCAAGGGAAUCAUUAGCAUUGCAAAAUGUGCAAGCUCGACUGAGAAUGGUUUUAACAUAUUUAUUUGCACAACUCAUGCUUUGGGUUCGUGGCCGUCAAGGAGGUUUGUUAGUCUUAGGCUCGGGUAAUGUUGAUGAAGCUCUUAGAGGCUAUAUGACCAAAUACGACUGUUCAAGUGCUGACGUCAAUCCUAUUGGUGGAAUAUCUAAAUCUGACUUAAAAAUGUUCCUUGGAUAUUUUAGAAAUAAACAUUCAUUAAUAGCCAUUGACAAUAUUAUCAAUGCUACACCUACGGCUGAAUUAGAACCUUUGGUAGCAGGACAAAUUACACAGUCGGACGAAGAAGAUAUGGGAAUGACUUACAACGAGCUUAGUGUAUAUGGUAAGCUAAGAAAACAAAAUUAUUGCGGCCCAUACAGUAUGUUUUGUAAGCUGUUGUUAUUAUGGGGUAACCAGUAUACACCCGAGCAAAUAGCGGAAAAAGUGAAACACUUUUUUAGGUGUUAUGCAAUCAAUAGACAUAAAAUGACAGUUUUGACUCCUAGUUAUCAUGCUGAAGCUUAUAGCCCAGAUGAUAAUCGUUUCGACCAUCGCCCAUUCCUCUAUAAUGUCAUGUGGCCUUGGCAGUUCCGAUGCAUUGAUCAAAAACUAGAAGAAUUUCAUGAUAAAAAGAAUGGUGUUUCUAAAUAUUUAGGUUUAGAAUCCAAGUAUGCUGUUAAUGUAUAGUAAUAGAAUUAUUAUUAUAGCUGUUAUUUUUCUUACCGUGUAAAAUUUUAGAAUCAAAAGUAGAUCAAUCAAAAAUUAAACUAUUCAAUUAGUGAAACUUUACUCGAUUGUUACUAUCAUUAUUAAUUCUGUAACAAUUUUAUGGUUGUAAUUUUACUGUUAUUUUGAAUGUUGCAUUGAAUGAGUUAUUUAAAAACUUGCUAUUAAGCACUAGUAUAUCAAUAUAAUCACAGGACAACCUCAUGAAUAAUGUGAUUAUUAAUAAAACGU